CACGUUCAUAGGCUUAUGUCAAAACAUUGAACAGGAUUGUUUUGUUAAUGUGUUUCCUUGUCAUGAUUAUAUGUUGAAGAACCUUACAGACAUGCCAUCAGGUCAAGCAGAUUUAAAUAAAAGUGAAGCUGGACCUAUUACUGCUGAUGAAGAUUUUGAUAAAUCAGAAUUUAUACGUGAAAGUGGAAGGUUCUCAGCAUCCAACAAGAAUAUUAGCACUUCUACAGAAAAAUCAAUGAAUAGUGAAAAGCUCGAAACUAAAGAGUCCAGUAUGAAAGAAAAAGAUAGUACUCCUACUAGUAAGCUGAGCGCAGUUAACAAAGCAAAACAAUCAGUGGGCACACCUUCUCCGAGGCAGGAAAUCCUUGCCAGAGAAAUUUCCAAACUUCAAGACCUGAUGAUUAAACAUGAGGAGUCAUACGAGGAAGCCAUUCAGUCCCGUUCAGAAGAGGUAGAAAAUCUGAGAAAGAGGCUAGCUGAACUUGAAACUGGCAACAGCCUAGGGAAAAAACUAACUGAUGCCCAAUCACAGGUUGAUAAAUUGAAGAAAGAAUUGGAAGAGAGUCUUACUUGCAAACGCCAGUUAAUAAUGAUAAUGGAAGAAUAUGAGAAAACUAUUGCUCAAGUUGUAGCUAAAAGAGAGGAUGAAAAAAAGGAAUUUGAAUCCGCUAAGGAAGCCAUUGCAGCAGAGCGGGAUACAGCUCUUGCUCAUCUAAGCAAUAUGGAAAUUGCCUUCAAUGAUAUUCACCAGAAAUAUGAAAGGUGUAAAGCUGUUAUAGAAGCUUUUAAACAAAAUGAAGAAGCUUACAAAACAUCACUUCUUGAAAAUGAAAGAACCAUUCAACAGCUGGAAGAAAAUUACUUGCGACUUAAAGCUCAUGCUACUGAAAAACUUGAAGAAGCAAACAUUGAGCUUGAAAGAUUACAAAGCUCGCAUGUGUCAGAUACUGCUAAAAUGAAUGCUAUCAAUAGGAAAACAGAAAUCAGGAUAAAAUCACUUGAAGAAUCAUUAGAACAAAAGAAGAGAGAGGUAGAAGAGUUGACCAAGAUCUGCGAUGAUCUCAUCAGUAAGGUGGAAGAGAAAUAGGAUCCUUUCCAGUACAUAACUCUAGCCUUGUUACGAAUCGUCCAGGGAACAUAAAAUUUAAUUACCUUAAUUAAUGUUAAUUUAAGACUGUUUCGUGCAUUAUCUUGUUUUAUGCUUGGGCCUCAUCGCCUCGAGCUCCUACACUUAUUAAUACUUCCCUAAAUUUUUAUUUUUGUAAUACAAGUAAAAGGGAACGGUUGUAUAUAGAGAUUUAUUAUAAAAGAAUGUGUAAAUUUUAGGGAGCCCAAUAAUUUAUUAAUUCUCAUUCCUUACAGUAGUUUGUUGCAUUUGUGUCUAAUUGUAGAUAAUUUAGUGAAAUUGUACAAGAUUUUUAUUUGUUAUCAAUGUGAUAAAAACAAGCUCACAUUUAGUGUGGCAUGAUGUCUUGUUUUCUGUAACUUCCCUAUUAUUGCCUCAGGUAACUUACCCAAGGUUGUUGAAAUAAUCCCACAACACGAGAUCACAGUAUUUCUGUCUGUUGAUUAAUUUAAACUUUACCUACAUUAUAGAUUUAAGUAAAUUUUUUAAAGAUAGGUGUUUCUGAAUCACCUUCUUCUACCCAUCUAAUAAUCUUCAUCAAGGGUUAGCUAUAUAGCUAUACAAAUGAUAUUAUUUAUUAAAUGUUUUUUAAAAAUUUCUGUGAUAAUGUUCAUUAUUUAUUAGUUUUUCAGCAUAAGUAUCAAUAUUAUGUAUUUUUAUCAUGUAUUAAAUACUCCUCAGUAUUUGUUCUUUAUGUAUUUUAGUCUAUUUAUGUGUCAAAACUGAUAAUUCAUGUCUAAAAACUAUUGUUUUAAAAUAUUUUAUCAUUUUUAUUUUGAACCCUAAUCCCUUUAAAAUUCUAAAAUUACUUACAAUUUGUUUAGUUUUUAGUAAUUUUGCUAUAUGCAUGUUAAUUAAUCAUGGUU